AUUACACCCUUAGUUUUCAAGUAUUUUGUGGCAGUCAAAGAUGGACAGGACACCACGGCACUGAAAGCAGAGAUUGCUGAAAAGUUUGGCAAACUUGAAGAGAUUCUGUCCAAACGCAACACUGUGUUUUAUGGUGGUGACUCAGUCUCCAUGUUUGACUACAUGAUCUGGCCGUGGUUUGAACGUCUGGAACCAUUCCAGCUGAAGGACUCUUUGAGUCACACCCCAAAGCUCCAACGCUGGAUGGAGGCCAUGAAGGAGGACCCUGCUGUCAAGUCUACAAUGACUGACCCACAGACAUUCAAAGGUUACCUCCAGCUCUAUUUGAAGAACAGCCCUGAGGCAUGUGAUUAUGGGCUCUGAGGUGCCAGCAGCCGCAUGCUUGCUGAAGUGUCAUUGCUUCUUUUCAGUGUUAGCUGUGGGGAUCUAGAGUAAUUUGAUGUGGGCUCUUCUGUGGUUGCAUUUCAUAAUGGGGAAUAAAUCUGUGCUGAAAAGGCUUAGAAAUCUUCUGUGAACUCCACUCCUUCCUGACUGGAGGAGGAUGUGUUGGAUUCAGUCAGGACAUGAAAAGUCAUUGCUGGCCAUGUAUAUUGCGUGAAACAAAACGUUGGCUUUACUUGGAGGUGGUGCUCUGUUAUCUCUGGCCUCUUUGCAGGCGUUGCUGGUGGGCAGUCCCUGAACUGACCCUGUUACUUGGUUUAAAAAUUGUAAUACUCGUGUCUUGAAAAUAAAUAAAAAGUAAACGAUGUUGUCU